UUUGCAGUUGAAGUACAUUGUAUAGGACCACAGCAACCUUUCCUUUCAGUUCUUGCUCCGGCCUGUAAGACUGAGUACUUCCUGACAACGUGCAGACCAAGCAGACGCUGUUCUUCAGGGAAUAUAUGUGUGGAUACCAAUUAUCAACCGUGCUGCGAGCGAUCCCAAAUGGAAUGUCCAACAACUGCACAAUUGGGAUUCAAGUGCUACGUGAACACGCCCACAAGUUGGUGUCGCGAAAAUAGCGAUUGCGGCGGGAAGAUGUGCUGUCCGACUGGGUGCAACUACAAUGUGUGUAUAUGA